AUGAAGCCCUGUGUUCACUUUUUAGGAAGUUGGUUCUCAUUUGAUUUCAGAGGUCUCAUCCUAUCAAUGUUUUUCUGUAUUGCAGAGAUUUUUACCGAAUCUAGGGAUUGCUUAGGAUCAGCUACAGUGCCAGUCGAGUACACAUUCUUCUAUCCACUCCAGGAAGUAGCGAAGGUCAUGGAUCGAUUUCUACCGUCCUCGAAACAACCACAACAGUGGAGCAGAUCUUACAAUGUAUCCCAGGAAGAACGAAGAAGAGUGAAUUUUCGACGAAGAGGUUCUCCGGAAUCAAAAAAUUUGGAAAUAUCAAGAUCUUAUCGGCAAGGCGUUACUCUGAGGGCAGAAGAUCUUUUGGAAGAACAAAGACUGGCACCCAUCAACUUUCUCAAUCCAAGACAAGGAGGUGACCGACGGACAGUGCUGGGUGGUAGUGCGACGGAGUUGACGAAGUGUGAUCGACCCAAAGCACCCCUGCGUCGCUCCUCAGAAGGCAACUAUGCCCUGCGCAGGAAAUCCUCUUCUUCUUCUAAUGCUGCCGACGAUCCAACGUCCAGUGAUCCAUCCUCCGUCACUUCCUCCUCAUCAUCUUCAUCUGAAUCAGGCAAGAUAUAAUGUUUUACAUAAGGUAGAGUGCCUUCAUAAUCCGAAUGGCUGAUAUACGACUGACAAUAAUUUUGCACCACCUUGAGGAUCCUUAACAUUGUGUGUCGCGGAAAUUUCUAAUAAAUUAUCCAUAUUAUUUUAAAAUUUCAUUUGUUAAUUUUAUCCUACACAUGUUUGAAGAUACAAUAAGCCAUUAAUAAAAAAAUAACCAUUUUAAUUUUUAAUAUAAUAGAAUGU